UGGUGGUAGAUGUCAAUGUUUUAGGUUAUAUUUAUGUUUACAUUAAAGCAUUUUUCAAUUCCAAGUGGUUUUCCUAGUGAUUUCUAAGAGAUUUUCAUUAAUUUCCUUGUCAAAUGUCGUCUAUGACCUUUGGCCAAAAGUUAUUUAGACCGACGCCACCGGAAAAAGGGAGUUUCCCCUUGGAUCACGAGGGGGUUUGUAAGGCUUCCAUGCUGAAGUACAUGAGGUGCUUGAAUAAGGAAAAUAACAGUAAUUCGGCCUGCAGGGAAGAAGCUAAAGACUACUUGGAUUGCCGCAUGAAACACAACCUUAUGGCCCAAGAAGAGUGGUCCAAACUGGGCUUCCAACAAGAAAAACCCACCGCGGCAGUGGAAGAAAACAAACAGUAAAAUGGUCAACGUAUUAAUCGGUUGUACUGGCAGCGUCGCC